CUUCCCCUCCACCUGCUCUCGUCGUCUUCCUCCUUUCUCCCCGUCCCUCGUCACCUCGACGAUCCCCGAACCGAGAUCCUAGGGUUUCCCGAUCCCUCUCGCGGAUCCACCUCGCCUCCGCUCGCUCCUUCGUUCUCUCGAUCGGUGGCGACGAUUUCGAUUUUGAGAGCUUCGAGGAGGGUGCUAUCGACCUGAUGGGUUAUAUAGGGCACCAUGGGGUUGCGACGCUGAAAAAGUACAAGUACAGUGGAGUGGACAACUCCUUGGUUGCGAAGUAUAUCCUACAACCCUUUUGGAGCCGAUGCGUCACUCUUUUCCCUCUUUGGAUGCCACCAAACAUGAUUACACUUACAGCUUUUUUGUUUCUAGUCAUAUCGGCACUUCUUGGCUAUAUAUAUUCACCUCGCCUAGAUACAGCACCUCCAAGAUGGGUCCACCUUGCUCAUGGGUUGCUUCUCUUCUUAUAUCAGACUUUCGAUGCUGUUGAUGGUAAACAAGCAAGACGUACUAACUCAUCAAGUCCUUUAGGAGAACUUUUCGAUCAUGGAUGUGAUGCACUUGCUUGUGCUUUUGAAGCUUUGGCUUUUGGAAGCACUGCAAUGUGCGGAAGGAACACAUUCUGGUUCUGGGUGACUGCAGCUAUCCCAUUUUAUCUGGCCACUUGGGAACACUUCUUUACGAAUACACUCAUUCUUCCUAUAAUAAAUGGACCUACAGAAGGCCUCAUGCUGAUUUAUAUCUGCCAUUUUCUGACAUUUUUAACAGGAGCUGAAUGGUGGGCACAAGAUUUUCGAAAGUCAAUUCCCCUUUUAAGUUGGGUGCCACUCAUUCCUGAAACCCCCGUUUACGGCAUUGUGCUGUUUCUUAUGGUUAUUUUUGGCGUGAUCCCAACUAUUUCGUCCAACAUCCGUAAUGUCCAUAAGGUUGUUGAAGCAAGAAAAGGAAGCAUGCUGUUGGCAUUAGCAAUGCUUUAUCCUUUUGGUGUGCUCUUGGCUGGAGUUCUUGUCUGGGCUUAUCUGUCACCUUCAGAUAUUAUGCGGAAUCACCCACAUUUGCUUGUAGUUGGAACUGGUUUUACAUUUGGGUUUCUAGUGGGAAGAAUGAUACUGGCUCACCUUUGUGAUGAACCAAAGGGUUUAAAAACUGGAAUGUGCAUGUCUCUGCUGUAUCUUCCUUUUGCUAUUGCGAAUGCUCUAACUGCUAUGCUCAAUGAUGGAGUUCCUCUGGUUGAUGAGCAUUUAGUUCUUCUUCUGUACUGCUUAUAUGCUGUGGGUCUCUACCUGCAUUUUGCUACUUCUGUCAUCCACGAAAUCACAAAUGCUCUUGGAAUCUACUGCUUCAGGAUAACAAGGAAAGAGGCCUGAAAGUCCGGGGAUUCAUUUUACUGCUCCUAUUGUGUUUUUAUCAUAUUUAAUGGUUGCCAACAGAGUAAGAGCUUUACGACUUCGACUUCACGUACAUCUAUACUUGCCUGGUAUUGGUGGUUUUGUGUGAAAAGAAAGCAACAUUGGUCUGGAUAUCUGAUUUAUGAUAGUAGUCUUGUCUGUGUUCGGUGAAUAAUAUGAUGAUUAUUGACGUUGUUGUAGGAGUAGAUGGAACUGAAAGUCAGAAAUAUAGGAAUUAAUGUUAAUUGAUAGCUGAUGUAUAUUCUUCGAUUAUGAUCUUAUGGUUUGAAUAUGAUUGUGCAUUGCUGUUAGUGAUUCGAUGGUAAUAUGAUACUAUCAGUUUUAUAUGCAAAGUUGACUCAUCUGAUGUA